AUGAGAAAACUGCUUGACAUGCAACGGAAUUUCGAACAGAAAUACAAUUUCCGCUUUGAAGACCCGGAUCAGGAGUUUAUUAAACAGUAUCCCAGAACUGUAGGGGAUUCCCUAAGACAGAGCAAUACUAAAAGGAAAAUGAAAAGAGAGGAGUACAAAGAAAGAAAGGAAAGGGAAAAGAACGAACGUAAGCAGGAGAUACGGGAGCUAAAGAAUAUGAAGAAAGCUGAAAUUGAGAAGAAGCUAGAGCGAUUAAAAAAGAUGGCUGGUGAUGAUAUUCCCAUUAAUAUUGACGAUAUCACGGGUGAUUUUGAUCCUCGCGAAUAUGAUAAGAGAAUGGAGCAAAUUUUUAAUGAAGAGUACUAUGGUAAAGAUGACUCAGUUCAUGAACAAGAUGCGGAGAAACCUGUCUUCAGUGAUAUUGAUAGUGAUGUUGAAAGUGAUAGUAGUGAUUAUGACAAUUUUCCCAUCGGAACUAUCUCUGAAGACGUUAUCAUCAGCAAAAAACGAUGA